AUGAGGGUGCGACCUGGACAAUACAUCAAUCUUUGGCUGCCGUCAGUCAGUCUGCGGUCAUGGAUGCAGACACACCCGUUCACUGUCACAUCAUGGUCUAGAGAUCACCAGGAUACCAUGGAACUUCUCGUGCAGCCACGCCAUGGUUUAACCGCGGAUCUUCUUCGCUACGCUCCUACAGUUGCUGAAGGCUCGGUCUCCUUCUUAGCAUUCUUUACUGGUCCUCAUGGAAUUAGUGAGCAUGUGGACCGAUAUGAAAGCGUCUUGGUGAUUGCUAGUGGAUUUGGAAUUGCCACAGUUCGCCGACUGCAUUUAGUCUGGCAGGUAGAGCUGAUCAGUGAGAUUAUCGCAGCUCAGGAUCUGCUUAAUAAUCUGUUAAAGGACGACAUCAUGGAUGACGGCUAUAUACUCAACAUCUCAAUUUACGUUUCAAGCGGCCUCGAGCGGAACAAAGUACCCUUCGGUCAGCACAAACGAGUAUUUCUUUACCAAGGAGUACCAGAUUAUCGAAAUGUAAUCUCGCUCGAGGCGUCCGGAGAGCAGAUUGAGAGAUUACCCAACAUCCGGGAUGAGCAAGGUCGAACGCUGGUGAUGGGCUGGUAA